ACCUGCGCUGGGCAGGCGGGAACCACGACGCGGUGCUGAGAGGCGCGGGGCGGCGGCCGACAUGUUCCAGGGCGCGGACGCCGAGGCCGGCCGGCUUGGGUCCAGGGCCAUGAAGCCCCCAGGAGGAGAAUCCAGCAAUCUUUUUGGAAGUCCGGAAGAAGCUGUUCCUUCAAGCAGGCCUAAUAGGAUGGCGUCAAAUAUUUUUGGACCAACAGAAGAACCUCAGAAUGUACCCAAAAGGACAAACCCCCCAGGAGGGAAAGGAAGUGGUAUCUUUGAUGAAUCGACUCCUGUGCAGACCCGACAACGUCUGAACCCACCAGGUGGGAAGACCAGUGACAUUUUUGGGUCCCCAGUCACUGCCACUUCACCCCUGGCACACCCAAACAAACCCAAGGAUCAUGUGUUCUUGUGCGAAGGAGAAGACCCAAAGUCAGACCAUAAAGCUGCAGGAAGCACCUCUAGUCGAGAAGAGUCGGGAGAAAAGGGCAGCUCCAGAGGAGCAGACCACGCCAAGGCGCCUGAGCCUACGCCCCCAGCUGACAGCCACGAGCCCAGGCUGGGGCCGAGGCCUCGCUCUCACAACAAGGUCCUGAACCCACCGGGAGGCAAAUCCAGCAUCUCCUUCUACUAAGAGGCUACUUACAGCUCUGCCUGUAGCCAGACCAGAAAUUCAAGAUACAGAGUAUUAAAAAUUUAUUGUUUUCUUUAGCCCAAACAAAAGGGGGUGGGAGAGGGUUGCCCUGUGUGUGAAGCUGGCUGCUUAGAGGACCGGGGCCUUUCAGACUGCAAGCUACAUGUCUGGGGAUGAGGGUAGAGGGCUCCCCUGGUGUCUGCUCAUUUGUUCUGAUGGAGCAGGAUUUCUGAGGUGGGCAAGGGCAGGGAGCUGGUGCUGAGUGGCUGGUGGGCUCUUCCGUGAGCUAUCUCCUGCUGACUAGGCAUCCAGGAACAGCUGAAGAAAGCCCAGUCUGUCUUGCUGUAGGAUGGAGAGGAAGCAAAAGCAGAGACAUCAGGAAGGCAGUGGGAGUCCACAUAAAGCAUCCCCUUUGGCCCCAGGACCAGUUACCCAUCACAAGGAUAGCUUCCACUCCCAAGAGACCACCAAGCCCAUCAUCUCCUCUUUUUACCCCCAGUGUGUCGUCCUUCUCUCUUGAAGCACCAUGACUGCUUUUCCUCAGCAGCAGUCAACAGAACCAAACAGUUGACCUCAGUCUGUUGCUCUGAAAGUUUUUCUACCCUGGUCCUCUGAAUUGCCCAGUUCCUGCAUCUCAAACCAUGACCACAUCUCACAUAAGAAUCUUCCUUCCUCUCUCAGGGACUGGCCUUGGUCCUUGAUGUGCUGGAUUUACUUGUAGAUUGUUCCUCUGUUUCCUCUCAUCAGCCUUAAGUAUGGGCCUUCACUGAUAGUGUGAAGCUCACUUCCAAAGCUGCACUCUGCCCUCUGCAGGUCUUUAAACCUCUUCACAUACACCUGAGUACAGGGUUUUUUCAGAUCCUUCCUAUGUCUUUGUUCCUAUAGUUGGUGGGAAUGCAUGAGAACCUUGGGUUCUUAGGUUGGUUUCUUCAGUAAUAUCUAAAAGGCUGUCUUCAAGUACCAGCUUCACAUAAAUGCCUGUGGAUUUGGUUUCUGACAUCUUCCAGAAAGCAGUCCACUGCUUCAGCCACCUUUUUGAAACUGCAGAACCUCUGGACCCUACUAUAAACAAUAGGCCAGAGCAUUAAGUAGUUAAUGCAUUAAGCAGAGUCUCAGCUCUCACGCCAACAGAUGUUUUGCUGGCAUGAGUCAUGUUGCUUCAUUUGUCAGGCAGAGGUCCCUCCCUGUCCACUGCAGCCUCAGUUCCCUGCUUCCUUGUGGUGGGCAUAUUAACAGGAGAGGGCCUUGGUGGCGUGGCUAUUGCUUUAAGUGCCUACAGGGCUCGAAUCAGGUGCUAGGAACAUCCUCAGUGUCCUUUAGCUUUGGACAAAUGGCAGGUCUUGUGUGGUCUAACACUACCUGCAGGAGCUAAUCAAUCCCCAGGCUCUGGCUCCUGGCACAUGGAGGGGUCUGCAUAUGACUUGUCAGCCAAAGAAUCUUAACCCCUUCAGUUGCCCUAUACACCAUGGAGCCAAAACAUUCCAUGUGAGUCCUGAGAACUUGGACAGGUUUCUGUUCAAAGUCAUUUAUAACAUUGUUUGGAAUUUUGGGGCAGGGCAAGUUCCCACUGAAAUAAUAUAAAUGUUGCUUAGCUUUUUAAGCCAAAACCCACUAACUUGUUUGACUUACAAGGAACUAGUAUUAAUGAUAGAUAUGAACCACUAUUUGUAAUGAUGUUUUCUUAGAGAAAAUAAAUUGUGAAUUCUAAAUCAAA